AAUGGCUUGAGUGGCGGGGCGGGUUUUUGAUGCAGGGACAUUAGUUGGAAAGAUGGCUGCGACUGUGGGACCCUCUGGGUGGUUGCGGCGGUGGUGGCGACGUUUGUCGGCUCGAGAUUGGUCCAGGAUGUUGCUCCUUCUCCUUUUGUUGGGGUCUGGGCUGGGGCCACGACAGGUUGGGGCUGGUCAAACGUUCGAGUAUUUGAAACGGGAGCACUCGCUGUCGAAGCCCUACCAGGGUGUGGGCACAGGUGGUUCCUCACUGUGGAAUCUGAUGGGCAAUGCCAUGGUGAUGACCCAAUAUAUCCGCCUUACCCCAGAUAUGCAAAGUAAACAGGGUGCCUUGUGGAAUCGGGUGCCAUGUUUCCUGAGAGACUGGGAGUUGCAGGUACACUUCAAAAUCCAUGGACAAGGGAAGAAGAAUCUGCAUGGGGAUGGCUUGGCAAUCUGGUACACAAAGGAUCGCAUGCAGCCAGGGCCUGUGUUUGGAAACAUGGACAAAUUUGUGGGGCUGGGAGUAUUUAUAGACACCUACCCCAAUGAGGAGAAGCAGCAAGAGGCCCAGAAGAGGCGCUAUUCUCCAGGAGUUCAGCGAGUGUUCCCUUACAUCUCAGCCAUGGUGAACAACGGCUCCCUCAGCUAUGAUCAUGAGAGGGAUGGGCGGCCUACAGAGCUGGGGGGCUGUACAGCCAUUGUCCGUAAUCUCCAUUAUGACACCUUCCUUGUGAUUCGCUAUGUCAAGAGGCAUUUGACGAUAAUGAUGGACAUCGAUGGCAAACAUGAGUGGAGGGACUGCAUUGAGGUGCCUGGGGUCCGUCUGCCCCGUGGCUACUACUUCGGCACCUCCUCCAUCACUGGAGAUCUGUCAGAUAAUCAUGAUGUCAUUUCCCUGAAGUUGUUUGAGCUGACAGUGGAAAGAACUCCAGAAGAGGAGAAGCUGCAUCGAGACGUGUUCUUACCCUCAGUGGACAAUAUGAAGUUGCCUGAGAUGACAGCUCCACUGCCACCCCUGAGUGGCCUGGCCCUUUUUCUCAUCGUCUUUUUGUCUCUGGUGUUUUCUGUAUUUGCCAUUGUCAUUGGUAUCAUACUUUACAAUAAAUGGCAGGAACAGAGCCGUAAGCGCUUCUAUUGAGCCCUCAUGCUGCCACCACUUCUGUGACUGUCAUCCAUGAAAUGUGGGAGGAGCAGGUGCUGGCCUGAGCACACAGCCUGGCAGGUCUUCUCUGGUUUCCAGCAGCUGGUCGGAGACUGUUCUAUCACUGGAGCUUUGAAUGCAGGAACCUUGCAUUCACAUGGUCAUCCAUGGGGACAUAUAACUCUGGUCUGGGAAGCCACCCACCCCAGGGCAAUGCUGCUGUGAUGUGCCUUUCCCCGCAGUCCUUCCAUGAGGAGCAAAGAAGCAUGGAGAAGAUUUAUGCAUUUAUGAUGCCAAAAUCACAGACCAGAAUUUGAUGGCCCAGGCUGCCUUGUUGUUGGACUCAGUGGACCCUUCUGCUUCAUUUAUAAAUCCACAAAGAAUAGAAAAGUGAUAAUGCCUCA